GGACUAUUCUCCGUGCGGACUUGUGCACGUUUAGAGUACAAUCUGUAGCCCUAUCUCUCCUUCUCAAUGGGGAGGGGUUUGACCCUCCAGACCGUCAGGAGAUCUUGGCCUGUACCUGAGUAUUCUUGCUGGCUUCAGGGCGCAUUAGGCAUCAUCCUUCCACUUAGGUCAAGGUUCCUUUUCCGAGCGCUGGAAGGCAGGGCUCGAUACGGCGUAUGCUGUCAGUGGUCCUUUAAACCCAAACAACAGCAACAACAACUAGGACGUUGAUUCUGUAAGCAGCUGCAGUGACGACAGACAUUGCUGAAGCAACACAGCUAUAGUAAUUCUACAUCACAAUUCGUGCAGUCGUCGGGAGAAGAAGAAACCUCUUAGCAAACUACUGACCACUCUAGGGAGGUUCCUUCACGCUGGUGAGGGGCUCUGGAUCUAGGGAAUUGGAUCUGUGCUCCAACUUAAAAAUGUCAAGCAAACUUGAUCAUGACUGCUGUUUUGUAUGCUCUCGAACAGUAGAUAAAGGUAGGGGUGUCAAGGGCACUGCUCGUCUCCGACACACUGGCACACAGGUGUCCAAAGUCAUUGGAGACAUAAUAAAACAAACAGUCAGUUUUUCUAAACUUUGCUUCAGAUGCUACCGUUUGACACUUGGAAUAGAUUAUCAUAAAAGGGAACUUAAAACACUAAAGGAAUUAUUUUUUAAGCUUUAUAAUGAUAAAUUAAAUAUAAGUAGUAAUCUUUUAAACAUUGAUGAAUCAAGUGAGACAGAAAUGGUCGAUGGUGGUAAUGACAGAAUUCUUUUUAUAACAAAUGUGUCAUCUGAUGAAAGAUGCAAGGAACAGUCUGAACCAGUUCUACAAUGCUCAGAAUCUUCAUCCAGUGAUCAUGUGUAUUACAAAAAUGUGAUUGACAAUCAGCUUGAAAACUUUGAUUUUGCUGGAAAAAAAACUGAAGAGAAAUAUUGGGAAACUGAAAAUAAUAUGCAGAAUUCUCCAGUGUGUGGAAAUCAUCAUAAACAUUUCAGAAAAUUUGAAUUUGAGAUAAAUUUGGAAAUAGAGAAUAACUCUGAACCCUGCAUUCAGAAUACUAAUUCAAAAUGUGAAACAGAUGAAAGUGUUACUGAAAAGGAGGAUAAAGAAAUAAGUGUAGAUCAUAUAGUACAUACAUUACCAUCAAAGAGAAGAAAAAUAGCAAAGAAGCUAGAAGAAUUUGAAUAUUAUACAGAUGAUGUCAGAGGGUUGGAUUCAGGAUUGUGUAGCAGUAGUGGAAAAUAUUCCUCUGUAUGUGAGAGUUCUAAAUUAGCAUGUAGCAAAAGUAAUAUCAGUUGUGACUUGUGUAAAAGAGAUUUUCCUCUCAAAAGAGAGUAUAUUAAUCAUGAGUGCUUUAAAAAGAAGGAAAAAAGAAAUGUAUCAUAUAUAUGUAAAGGAUGUCAAAGUGUUUUUGCUGUGAGAAGGGAUUACAUUAAACAUAUUGAACUAUGCUACAAAAAUAUGCCAGUCAAGUGUUCAUUUUGUCCAGUGAAGCUCUCUAGUGCUGCAUACCUUCCACGGCAUAUGAAGUCAUUUCAUAAUGAUUUAACAGCACUUUUAAAGGGAUGCCUAUGUGACCAGUGUGGCAGGAGCUUCAGCAGGAAAGAAGCCCUUGAGCGACAUCAAGCUUGCGUUCAUGGUCUUUCACAUGGAACUCAUCAGUGUCCUCAGUGUGGCUAUACUUUUCCACACACCUCCCUGUUAGCUGAACACUUGAGGGCUCAUAAAGGUUACCCAUGCACUGAAUGUAACAAAACCUUCAGUUGCAUGUCCAACCUGACUCUGCACAAAAGAACACAUCACCAGAAGAAAGCAUUAUAUCACUGUUCCAGUUGCAAUAAACAUUGGAGAUUUCAUGCUAGUUACACCUAUCAUAUGCGCAAGGUUCAUGGAUUUGCUCAGCACAAAUGUUUAAAAUGCAAGUUAUUAUUUUCUGCAGAGGAUGCUUUAGAAAAACAUAAAAAUGUCUGUGUCACUGAUUUGGAGGCUAAUAUGAAGCCCUGUAAUGCCAAAAGCAAUAAAUCAAAAAAAAUUGGAGAUGAUGAAGACAAGAGUAUCAACAGAACUGAAGGGGUAACAAGGACAAAACCUACUGUAGCAGCUAGUUUUAAAGAAGAGGAGCUUCAGGAUACAGUGUUACCAAAGAUAACUUCUGUUCACUGUAAACUUGAUAAUGAUAAAACCAGUCAGGCUUCAUUGAACAGCAGUGCAAGAAUAGAACUGGUGCCUGCAGACUUUACAAGCAGAUGUGUAAAUAUUUUAAAUAGGAAAAUUGAACAACCAAACAUAGAAACUGUAGCCUCUUGUAUAUCAAACUUUUAUAAUGAACAGCAGAGUUUUGUAAAAUCUAAAGAUACUCUAGUUUUUGUGCCACCUGUGGUUGAACUGAAGGAAACCAAGGUUAUGUAUCAAGUGUCUGCCCAAGAGUCAUCCAUGCCAUCUGGAGAAAUUAUACUUGAAACUCUUGAUGACUUGGGUGCUGAUUGUCAAUAUGUUAUUCUAGUAGAAGAUGGGAGUGGUUUGACCUCCAAAUAACUGGUAAAGUGGUUUUAUUUGUACUUUUUAAAGCACAAGGCAUCUUGGGGUUGUAAAUAAGCAUAGGUUCACAUUGAACCCUUUGAGGGUUAAAUGUGAACCCAUUUGUAGUUCUAUGCCUUGUCCACAGGGUCCAGUUAUUAUUUUUUUUCUUAUGAAAUGGUAGAGAAUCUUUUUCUGAAGGUAAUAAAGUGAAAAGUAUGAAAUUUGAUGAAAAGUUGACAAAAUUACACUAUCGCAAGUUUUACUGCAUGAGUGAUAUUGACACAUCGGCGAUUUUGCCCACUUUGACUCCUAUUUUAGGCCAAUUACAUUAUUCCAGUCAGCCAAAUUCUUAGCUAUUUUGCUAGUUUCACUUCUAUUUUAUCAAUUGAGUGCAAGAAACUGCCCAAUUAACUAUUUCAACUACCCAAUAAAGUGAUCAGAAAUUAGUAAUUUGACCAAUUUCACACAAAGUUCAAAAUAUUCAAAUUUCAAAGUAGGGUCCAGAAUAAACAUUGCAGACAUUCCUGGCACUAAAGUAACAUUUUCUCUGUUUAUUAGUUACAUUUUCUGGCUUUACAGAUGAAUUCCAUUUUGAUUUUUCAUUCACAUAAAGAAUUUUUAUUCACACCAAAAAUUAGAAGAUUUACUGUUAUGCUAUAUUGUAAUACUUGUAUAAAUAAUAUCAGCGCAUUCAUGAACAUAGACCCACCAGUUGAUAUGUAUUGGAUGCAUGACGUCAUUUGUUUAUUCCUGAACAUCAGCAAAAAUCGAACAUUUCCGCUACUUUGAGCUCAAUUUCAAGCUAUUUUCAUUACUAAAACCAAUCAAAAUCAUCUCUGUUUCUGUGAUAUAUCUUCCAUUCCAUCAUAUGAGACCAUUGAAUCGUGAAUACAACUGUAAAACAUACAAAAAUACACCGCAAAGUUGCCGUUUUAAUCCAAAACCAUGGUCGCAGUUUUUUCUCAUGCACUGUGUGCUGCAGGAUUUGUUAUAUGUGGUGCACACUACCACAUAGAUGCAUUCUCUCAUAUUUAGACCCAAAUUUACCUCUUACUGCUUAUCUGAGUGAGCUGAGCUCGUGACGUAGUACUACGGCUUGGGCCCUGGCUUCAGAGCCAUAGAACUACGGGAUGGGCCCUCAGAGAGUUAAAUUGUCUGACGUGUUACUGCAAAGUAAUAAGUUGAGGCGAUCCUUUGCUGCCUUGAGCCCCAUAGCACUUUUCUCUUGCUUGCUAAUAUAAGUUAUCGAUGGCAUCUUUUUUCAACAAUGCCUUAUUACUUCAGCAUUAAAUACUUGAUUCAUAGUCACCCUUGGUGACUAUGACUUGCAGCUGUGUGGUCAGUAGAAGAACUUUCAAUAGAAAAUUUAUUAUGCAAUCAACUGCAAAGUUUAAGCUUGAGGAACAAGCCUGCAUUAAACAAGCACUCUUCUUCAGACCUUCAUUACACACUUUUAUAGUAUUCAAAGGUGCUUUUCCUUAUUAACUCUUGUGGUCUGUGGCAUAGUACAGGUCCACCAUCACUAAUCCUGCAUCACUGGGACCUGAAGGGUGCCAGAUUAGUGAUUUUGCCAAAUCACAGAGUGGUUAGGUUAGAAUACACUUAAUAAAGGUUAAUCAAGUUAACCAACUUGACUUACACAAGAAUGUUCAUCACUGCCGCUUCCAAAGUGAAGAGCUGAAAUUUACAACUAAACACAUUUCCAUGUAUUGAGGUGAAGGGCUGUCAGGGUUGCCAUCUUGAGGUGAAGGACUUUCAGGAUUUCCAUCUUCAUCUUGGAAGGUGACUCAGAUAUCAGGAACUGAUGAUGAUGGUGGCAGCACAUCUGGGUGAGCAGAUAUUGAAGGGACUAGAUUUUCAAGUGCUGACUACUCUGUUGCAUGCUCUUUAGCUAUUUUUUUUUUUAACAUAUCUUCAGAGUAUACAAAUCUGUAGUGGAGGGAAGGCAGCCUUUCCUAGGCUGACCUAGGGGUCAGCCUAGGAAAGGUUGGAGGGAGGGGGUAAAGGAGGUUUUGUGUACGAGGGGCUUGGACUUCCAGCAAGCGUGCUUGAGCAUGUUAGACAGGAGCAAAUGGAGACAAAUGGUUUUUAGGACUUGAUAUGCUGUUGGAGUGUAAGCAAGGUAACAUUUAUGAAGGGAUUCAGGGAAACCAGCAGGCCGGACUUGAGUCCUGGAGAUGAGAUGUACAGUGUCUGCACUCUGAAGGAGUGGUGUUAAUGCUGUAGUUUUAUAACUGUAGUGUAGGCAUACCUCUGGCAAGACAGUGAUGGAGUGAAUGACGAUGAAAGUUUUUCUUUUUCGAGCCACUCUGCCUUGGUGGGAAAUGGCUGAUGUGUUAAUAAAAAAAGUAAUCUUGCAAGCUGAGCUGUUUCAUAUAUUUUGGCCUUUUUUUGAUUACUUUUUCUUGCAGCAUGUAAACGUUCGUUAUUUCUUGUUCACUCAUAAAACUGCGUUGCUCUAGACCUUUUAGGAGUUCACCUGGCAACUAAAUUAACCUGUCAAUAAAGAGACUUUCUGCUACUUCUUCAUCACUGCUUUCUCCUCUGGCUUGUUGCUGUGGAUUUACAACCAUCUGCACAAUUUCUGAGUCAGUAUAAUGUUGAACAGUAGCUGCAUCUUCAUCUACAUUCAUCCAUUCCGCAACAUUAUCUACAUCCAUCCUCAAUGCAAGAUCCUUCGCAGCAGGAUUAGCCUUAUCACGAGCAAAAGAAAGCAGUUCAUGUAUGAUCUGUUUUCCCUUUGAAGCCCUUAAUCCUGUAAAGUCAUUUUCAGUGUCUUCACCAGGUGCAGUCUCAAACAUUAACUCUGACCAUUAACCCAUCCAUUUUUCAGUGUGGAUGUCUCUACAGACUUCCAAACAUUGGCAACACAGUAAACCAUAUCUCUCACAUUAAAUUCCUUAAAAAACUCACAUACUGGUCUGCCAAAGUUAACUGCAGUCAGUAGGUACCUCAUAAUAUGGGUGUGAUGCUUAGACUUAAAAGAACGUAGUAUGCCAUUGUCCUGGAUUUGAAUUAAUGAUGUGCGGUUAGGUGGGAAGUACAUACUGAAAAUGCUCUUUGCUAGGAGUUCUGUUUUUGAAUGUAUUGAACAGUUGUCUAAAAUAAGCAUUAUCUUACAGUUGUGGUCCAGACCAAUAGUCACAGUGAGCUCUUGCUUUGGGAACAAAAUAAUUUUCAAACCAAUUCAGUGUAAUGUCACUUGUUAUCCAUCCUUUUUUUUGUUGGCAUGGUAAAUCAUAGGAAACUGUGUCAUACCUUUGAAAGCCCUGGUACAUAAACUUUUACUGAUGACCAGCAACUCACAUGUGUGUGAUCCUGCUGCAUUAGAGUAGCCCAACACAGUGACACGAUCUUUUGAUGCUUUAUAUCCCGCUAGUGAUUUUGCAUCCUUAGUUGUCAGAGUUUUUCUUGGUGCACAUUUCCAAUACAAUGCUGUCUCAUCUGCAUUGUAGACCUGCUUGGGACUUAAUUUUUCAUCUGAAAAUAACUUAGCAAACUCAUCAACAAGUUUAGUAGCUCCUUCUGUGUCUGCUGAAUGUUUUUUGCCACACUGCACGAAACUUUAAGCCAUGUCGAUCCUUGAAAUCCUGCAGCCAACCUUCGCUAUAAUCACACUCAUAAUCUAGUCCUAGUUCUUCAUGAAAAAUUUUAGCUUGUUCCUUCACCAGAGCUCCAAACAGCUUAACACCUUCACUUACACGUAGCCUUAUCCACUUCGUCAGAACUAGAUAUAGUUCUGAACGUUUUCUUUCCUUCAUUGUUUUCCUUUUACACAUCUGUUUCUUGGGAUCAAUAAGCAGAGAAACUCAGUAAUUUUUCUUUCUGUUUCUUUAUGUCAUAAACUGUCGAAGAGCCAAUGCUGUAUAAUUCACACAAUCUUCUCACAGACACACCGCUGUCGAGUUUUUUCAAAAGUUCAACCUUAUCUUUCAUGGAAAAUGUAUGGUGUUUGCACUUUACACAAUGAGAAGCAAUUCCUUUGUUCAUUGGAACCAUGGCUAGGGUUAAAAGUGAGCAGGUUAUAACAAUAAAUGGAGAAAAGCAACUUGGCAUGACUAAUGCAGUAAUCUGAAACCAAGAUAACAGUGCAUAAGUGUUUGCAAUAAAGCUAACAGAAUCCUUGGCUUCAUAGCAAGAAGUAUAAAUAAUAGAUGUCCUUAGGUUGUUCUUCAACUCUAUAUGUCUUUGGUUAGGCCUCAUUCAGAUUAUGCUGCGCAGUUUUGGUCAUCGUAUUACGGAAUGGGUAUAAAUGCACUGGAAAAUGUACAAAGGAGGAUGACAAAGUUGAUCCCAUGUAUCAGAAAUCUUCCCUAUGAGGUUAGACUGAGGGCUCUGAAUCUGCACUCUCUAGAAAGGCAUAGAAUUAGGGAGGAUAUGAUUGAGGUGUAUAAGUGUAAAACAGGAAUUAAUAAAGGGGAUGUAAAUAAUGUGCUGAAAAUAUCUAGCAUAAACAGGACUUACAGCAAUGGUUUUAAAUUGGAAAAAUUCAGAUUCAGGAAGGAUAUAGGAAAGCACUGGUUUAGUAAUAGAGUUGUGGAUGAGUGGAGCAAACUCCCGAGUACUGUCAUAGAAGCUAAGACGUUGUGUAGUUUUAAAAAUUGGUUUGAUAAAUAUAUGAGUGGAUCUGAGUUGGACUUGACUAGCUCGUGCUACUAGGUCAGAUGCUGUGCUCCUCCCUUAAGUGAAUGUGACUGACCUGACUAGGUCAAGGCAUUGGCUUAAGCUGGUGGGAGAACUGGACCUGCCUCACAUGGGCCAGUAGGCCUGCUGCAGUGUUCCUUUUUUUCUUAUGUUCAAACAGUAGUGGCAGGUUGGUGCUGCAACCCUCGAAAUUUGAGGUUUGUUUACAUUCUCCAUGAGCACAUCUCUAUUUUAUGUUUGGAAACUUUUCCAAAUUUCAAGUGUUUUAAAGUUUUUUCAUAUUUUAUAUAGUACAGUGGACCCACGGAUUACAUUGUCGUCAGAUUUCGUAAUAUUUGGAAUGAGUAACAUUUUUUCAUCAAAAUAUUGGCUCGGUGAUUGUCAUUGAACUCGGUAUUAGUCAUUCGUCCCGAACAUGUCCGGGCGGUCUGAGCAGCCCAACACACCAUUUACAGUCAGUGUGCCAAUGUUUAUCAGCCAGUGAGGACGAUCCCACACGUUCAUAUGAUACAUUUUGUAUUAUUCCAUUAUUUUUAUUUCUUGUAACUGCUAAAUAAGCCACCAUGGGCCCAAAGAAAGCUUCUAGUGCCAGCCCUUUGGUAAAGAGGGUGAGAAACACUACAGAAUUCAAGAAAGACAUCAUUGCAAAAUAUGAAAGUGGAGUGCGUAUCGUCGAGCUGGACAGGUUGUAAAACAAACCCCACACAACCAUUACUUCUCUCGUGGCCAAGAGAAAGGAAAUCAAGGAAGCUGUUGCUGCAAAAGGUGCAAAUAUGUUUGCAAAACAGAGAUCACAAAUACAAGAGAUAGUGUUAUGCAGUCAACAAUUUGUGAAAAGGUAAGGCAGUUGCAUGAUGAUCUCGUAAAAAAAAUGCCUGGAACUAGUGCUGAUAUUGGUGAAUUUAAGGCUAGCAAAGGCUGGUUUAAGAGAUUUAAGAAGCAUAGUGGCAUACAUUGUGUGAUAAGGCAUGGUGAGGCUGCCAGUUCUGACAAAAAAGCGGCUGAAAAAUAUGUUCAGGAAUUCAAGGAAUACAUAGAGGUUGAAAAAUUCAAACCCCAACUGGUGCUCAGUUGUGACAAAACAGGCCUCUUUUGGAAGAAAAUGCCAAAGAGGACCUACAUUACUCAGGAGGAAAAGGCACUCCGAGCACGCAAGCCUAUGAAAGACAGGCUAACUGUAAUGUUUUGUAGUAAUGCUAGUGGAGAUUUCAAAGUGAAGCCUUUACUGAUGUAUCACUCUGAAAAUCCCAGUGUUCAAGAAAAACAUUGUCACCAAGAGUAAAUUGUGUGUGAUGUGGAAGGCAAACAGUAAGGCAUGGGUCACGAGGGACAUUUUCCUUAAUUGGUUCAAUGAAGUGUUUGGACGCAGUGUGUAGAAAUACCUCUGGGAAAAUAAAUUGGAACUCAUCUGCCUCCUGGUAAUGGACAAUGCUCCUGCUCAUCCUCCAGACUUGGAAGAGGAAAUGGUGCAGGGGUUUCAUUUCAUCAAAGUAAAGUUCUUGCCCCCAAUACCACUCCUCUCCUCCAGCCCACGGACCAGCAGGUCAUUUGAAAUUUCAAAAAGCUGUACAUCUAAGCAGUGUUUCAAAAGUACUUUGAAGUGACCUCAGACACUGAAUUGACCCUAAGAAAGUUCUGGAAAGAUCACUUCAGUAUUCUCCAUUGCAUAAACCUUAUAGGUAAGGCUUGGGAGGGAGUGACUUCCAGGACUUUCAACUCUGCUUGGAGAAAAUUAUGGCCACAAUGUGUACGAGAGAGGGAUUUUGAAGGGUUUGGGGCUGACCCUGAGGAGCCUAUGUCAGUUGUAGAAAGUAUUGUGGCAUUGGGGAAUUCCAUGGGGUUGGAUGUGAGUUUUGAGGAUGUGGAAGAGUUGCAGGAGGACCAUGAUGAAGAGCUAACCACUACAGAGCUGCAAGAGCUUCAUCUGUAACAGCAAGAGACCACAGCUCAGGAAAUUGCUUCAGAGGAGGAGGAAGAGAGAUGGAGGAAGGUGCCUUCUUCAAAGAUAAAGGAGAUUUGUACAGUGUGGACAAAUGUGCAAACAUUUAUAGAUGAACUUCACUCUGACAAAGCUGUUGCAGGCCGUGUUGGCAACAUGUACAGUGACAAUGUUGUGUCCUAUUUUAGGGAAGUUUUAAAGAAAUGCCAGAUAUAGACCUCUCUGGAACACUUUUUUGAGUGAUAGGGGUCCAGUGACUCUCAAGCUGGUCCUAGUGGCAUUAAAACACAAAGAAGGGAAGUAACCCCAGAAAAGGACUUGGUAUCUGAAGUCUUUAUGGAAGGGGAUUUCCCUUCCAAACAAUAGUACACCUCCAGCCUCUCCCCUCCUCCCAUCUCAUCACUCAUCAAUAAGUCUUCAAUAAAGGUAAGUAUCAUUUUAGUAUUGUUUUAUUCUGCAUGUCUCAUUGUUUUCUUUGUAGAGAAAUGUAUAUUUCAUGUAAAAAAAUGAUUUUUUUAAUACUUUCGGGUGUCUGGUAUGGAUUACAUGUAAUUGGAUUUCCAUUAUUUCUCAUAGGGAAAAUUAAUUCGUAAAUCGUCAGAUUCAGGUUUAGUCACUCUCUCUGGAAUGGAUUAAUUACAACAACCAGGGGUUCACUGUAACUGCAUUUAUGUGUAACUAUAAAAGCUUACUUACUCACAAACAUGGAAAUAAACGUGUCUGAACAAUAACCAGAAGCAUUCGUCUGCUUGUUUACAGACUCUGCGUCUCUCUCCUAUCUCAUUUACUCUUUCUCGUUUAUUUGUUUUAUCUCGUUUACUCACCUCUCGCCCUACAUUAAGACUACAAAUAUUUUAAGGUAAGAUAUAUGCAUUUUAUCGCUCUAGGGCACUUUAAAUUUGUAUUAUGUGUGGGUGGGGUGACCAUACCUACCACACCUGACUACCAUACCUGACCUCUUACAAUAUAUACUACUCACUUCUAACCCUACAUUAUGACUACAAAUAUUUUAAGGUAAGUAAUGAGCGUACUGUAUAUGCAGUCUACCGCUCUAGGGCACUUCAAAUGUAUAUUAUGUGUGGGUGGGGUGACCAUACCUACCACAACUCACCUCUCACACUAUACAGUGGACCCCCGGUUAACGAUAUUUUUUCAUUCCAGAAGUAUGUUCAGGUGCCAGUACUGACCGAAUUUGUUCCCAUAAGGAAUAUUGUGAAGUAGAUUAGUCCAUUUCAGACCCCCAAACAACACAUACAAAUGCACUUACAUAAAUACACUUACAUAAUUGGUCGCAUUGGGAGGUGAUCGUUAAGCGGGGGUCCACUGUAUUAAGACUACAAAUAUUUUAAGGUAAAUAAUGAGUGUACUGUGUGUGUAUUUUAAUUUUUAUUGUUUUUAAUGCCUAGUUCUAUUGCUAACUUCAUAUGUAGAUGUUGGUGUAAACUUGUUAUCUGGCAUUUAUAAGUAGAAAAAAUGGUGUUCUUCUUUCUGGUGAUGUCUGUUUUCCGGCGGUAGCCUGGAACCUAACCUGCCGUGUAAGUGGGGCCCUACUGAAUAGUGGUUUGUUAGUAGUUGUGGCAGUGUAGUAGUUUGUAAGUAGUGCAGUUUUGUUGGUGUCAUAGUAAAGUGUUAGUAGAGGUAGUUGUGAUGUAGAGAUCUUCGUAGUUAUGGGGCAGGGAUUCUUGUAGUUGCGUUGUGAUAGUAGUUGUGAUGCAAGCAUGCUCAAAGUUGUGUAGGGAUGGUGGUAGUUGUGGCAUAGGGAGGGUGGUAGUUGUGGCAUAGGGAGGGUAGUAAUUGUGGCAUAGGGAGAGUGGCAGUUGUGGCAUAGGGAGGGUGGUAGUUGUG